GUAGGGUGCUUCGCUCAAAAUAUCCAAAAAAAUAAAAAAAAUUAAAAAGCCAAGUCCUACCACCUCCCACGCAUCCUUCUCCCGCAAAAUUGCUUGUUGCCGCGGCCACUCUUUUAGUAGACAAAAUUGAGCCUUCGGAUAUCCUGUAAUUACCAGAGCUGCCACUGUGGUGGAUUUCAGGCGACGGUUAGAUGGAGGCUGGGGUGACGACGACGACGACGACGACAACGGCGUCGUUUAGUUCGAUACUUGAUAAACCCCUCAGCCAACUAACCGAAGAAGACAUUUCUCAGCUCACUCGCGAAGAUUGUCGCAAAUUCCUCAAAGAAAAAGGAAUGCGGAGGCCGUCGUGGAACAAAUCGCAGGCGAUCCAGCAAGUGAUUUCACUAAAGGCGUUGUUGGAGAGCAACGACGAUUCCGGCGCCGGAGCUCUCCGGAAAAUCCUCGUUUCCCCGCCACCGCCGUCAGUGUCUCCACAAAAUGCAGCGGCGCGUGUGGCUUCGAAUUCAGGCGAUUCAGUAAAAGAAGGGGAAUUUGGAGAAGAAGAAAGCCCGUAUCGGCGAAAAGAUCCUCCUUUGGAACCUGCUCCCGUAGGGGAGAUAAAUUGCCGGGGCGGUGACACGGAUAACAAGAAUCUCUCUCCUAGACGUCCAUGUGAAACAAAUGAGUUGGGUGGGCAAAUGACGAUUUUCUACUGUGGAAAGGUUAACGUGUAUGAUGGAGUACCACUUGAUAAGGCACGGGCAAUCAUGCAACUGGCAGCGAAUCCUAUUGAUUUUCCUCAGGACAAUAUAUGUAGUGGAAAUGCUGCCCUUAGAUCCUUUGUGUGCAAUGUACAAGCUGCCAGUGACAAAAAUGGCCUUAUUGCUUCUGAUGCCUUGAACUCUCAUACCAUGCAAACAGAGAAUAUGGCAGAAUACCAGCAGCAGUUUGGGGAAGAAGUAAACAUCACUCGUGACUCUGAUGUAGAAGGACAGGUGAACAGAAAAUUAUCAUUGCAGAGAUAUCUUGAAAAGCGAAAAGACAGAUUUUUGAAGGGUGGAAAGAAUAUAGGACAAACUUCUACUAGCUUGGAGAUGUACCUGAACCAUCAGAUAAGAAAUCACAACUCAAAUGGACAAUCAAGCCGGAGCAGCACGAGUUCUCCACCACAAUCUGUAUUGCCACAUGCAUUUUGUAGCUCAACUGACAACCAAGCAAAACUUGCAAAUCUUUCUGUAGAUCUCAAUGAUGAGAGUGUUCAAGAACUCUGAAUUAAACAUGCUUUAUACAUCUGAACAUUGAGAAUCAAGUAAAGAGAUGUUCUUUAGGUGCAUUACCAUAGCAGACAUAGAAGGGAAGAAACAGUAACCUGAGAGCCUUCUACAUGCCUGCAUAUUAUAUGAUUUGGCUUCUAAGGGUUGAGUUUCUUACUCGGAGAAUCCUCUUUCGAAUGUUAAGAGUUUCACAAUCCUCUGAUCAAUUUUGUACCUUGGAAGUUCGGAACCAUCUUCGGUAAUUUCGUGUUUCUGAUGUUAGGAGCUAUUGGCUUUGAAGUAUAGAGCCACGCACUUGCAGCGGCUAGCACUAGCAGUGCUUUUCUUUUGCGUAACCUUUGUAUGUAAAUUUUGACUACCUUUGGCUGUGCUAAUAGCUUACUAUUUUACUGGUUGAAGUAAGCUCUAUUUCUAUCAACGAGUAUCGUCAUCUAUAUUUAGAAUUUAGGACUCAAUUUGGGCUAUGGUGACAUGAUUCCAUGCAGAUAAGCUUUUAUUUACCCCCCUAAUCCUCAUUUUUAAUUUGAAACCUUCUAGA